AUGAAACACAAUAACCAGCUUCCGAAUGGUCAUUUUCACAAAGAUUGGCAGAUACGAGUUAAGACUUGGUUCGAUCAGCCAGGACGUAAAAAGAGAAGAAGAAUCAAUCGUAUCAAAAAGACUCUUCAAAUUGCACCACGUCCUACUGAACUUUUAAGACCAGCAGUAAGAUGUCCCACCCUUAAAUACAAUACUAAAUUAAGAGCUGGUCGUGGGUUUACUCUUGAUGAACUGAAAGUAGCUGGGAUUCGUCGUAAGGAAGCACUCACUAUUGGUAUCCCCGUUGAUCACAGAAGAAAGAAUCGAUCUGAAGAAUCUCUUCGUCUUAAUGUCCAACGAUUGAAAACUUAUAAGAGUAAACUUAUUAUCUUUCCCAAGAAUUCUAAAAAACCAAAGGCGGAAGAUUCUAAGCCUGAUGAAUGUGCUGCUGCUACUCAGCAUAAAGGCGGUAUCUUACCAAUUAAACAAUCUUGGCCGUGUGAAAAAGCACGUCCUAUUACUGAAGAAGAAAAGAAGGUUAGUGCUUACGCCACUUUACGUAAAGCUAAGAAUGAUGCUCGCCUUGUUGGGGUGCGUGAUGCUCGUCGCAAGGCUAAAGAAGAGGAGGAAGCGGCAAAGAAGAAAUAA